UCAUCAUCCAUAGCUCCAUCUCACGUCAGCUCCAUCCACUCUCUCCUGGCCUGACUCCUCCAUUUUAAUUCCAAUUCCCGCUCGCACUAUAUUUUUAUAAAUUGCCGGCCACAAUAUCAAUCUCCUCCACCCCAACCGCCUCCACAUCACUUCCCGGCCUACUAAUUAUGAUCCAAUAAAUUAAUUAAAGAAUCUACGGAUCCAUCCAUCCGUCCACUUUAAAUAAAAAGUACGUACUCAGCUCCAACAUAUAUAUAAAUACAUAACCUUUCUACUAGCUUAGCUUAGCUUAGCUAGCAGUGUGGAAGAAAAUAUAUAUGGGAGAUAAUAAUCUGCCGCCCGGUUUUCGCUUCACCCCCACCGAUGAGGAGCUAGUGGGGCAUUUCCUCCACCGCAAGGCGGCGCUCUUGCCGUGCCACCCUGACGUUAUUCCCGAUCUAAACCUCCACUCUUUUGACCCAUGGCACUUGCAAGGGAAAGCAAUGGCAGAGGGGAAGAAAUGGUAUUUUUAUAGCAGAAGAUCAUCUAGCAGAAUGACAGAAAAUGGAUUCUGGAAGCCGGUAGGCGUUGAUGAGCCGAUUUUCUCGAGCUCCGGCACCGCCGGCGAUAAAGUUGGCAUGAAGAAAUGCUACGCUUUUUACGUCGGCGAACAGACGGAAGGUGCUAUCAAAACCGAUUGGGUAAUGCACGAGUACAGGCUCUCUAAUCAUUCUGCUUCAACUACCUGCACUAGAAUAAGAAGAAAAGGUGAUCAUACAAAUGUUAUUGUAAGUCUUCUCUCUCAAUGUACGUAUAUACGGAGUAUAAAUGUAUAAUACAGAGUAAUUAAAAUAAUAAAUUCACACCAAUUUUAAAAUUAAUUCACUUUUUUUACUUUGUACACAUUUUGAUACAUGUUUAUUGUUUUUCGCAAAUGUAUAUACGAUCCUUCUGUCAACACUUUUGAUAGUUAAAUGGCCAGAGAGAUAGAUGUUAGAAAAUUGAAAAGGGUCACAAAUGGUCAUAACCCAUUAGUCAAAUAUAAAAAGUUGGAAAAGUAAAAAACGUGGAUUAAAUGUGAAAUUUAUACAAAACUUAUAUAGAGUAGGAUCAAAAGUGAAAUUACUCUGUAAAUAAAAUAAAGAUUUAACUUCUCUAAUGUGAUUCUUGGAGUACAGGAUCAAUCUAACGAACUUGGAUAAUUAGCUGAUUAAUUACAUGAUUAUUUAGAUAAUAAAUUAAAUAAGGUAAUUCGUGUCAAGUACAUUUUGAGAAUAAUUUUUGAGGGUAGAUAUCAAAAUGAGCUCAUUGAUAAUAUAUGUGAUAUUGUAGGUGUAUUAUUUUUAAUAUUUGAUGAAUAAUUUAUAUACUUCGUAUAACUUAAAAAUGCUAAUUAUUUCAUAAAGUACAAAUGAAAAGCUUUAGAAUUUAGAUGGGAUGCCCAAUCAAAUCAAAUACUAUGUACUAUGUAUAUCUAUCUUAGUUAGAAUCAAUGAGUUGAAGAUAUCAAGAUAUACCUAUAAAUUAUGUGCACACAUAUAUGUAUUUUUUUUUUCAGGAUUACAGCAAAUGGGUCAUUUGUCGAGUGUAUGAAGAAAACAAUGAAAAUGAGGGUGACAAUGGAAUCGAACUCUCAUGCUUGGAUGAGGUUUUCAUGUCAUUAGAUGAUGAUCUUGAUGAGAUUAGUUUGCCAUAUUAACCAUUAUAAUUAGUUGAUUAGAUCCAGCAAGGUUGGAUAGACCUAAUUAUUGAUGUUGAUAUGGACUUAGGUGUGCUGUCUACUUCUCUUUAUCUUUAUCACAAUAUAUAUUGUAGAAUGGUUUGGAAUAAUUAAAUACUAUUCUACUUUAAUUCGCACGUUCUUUACGAAAAAUAAUGAUGUAACAUCAUCAUAAUAGUAGUAUGUUGCAUGGAAAUGUGCAAAUGCAGAAUUUUGAAAUUGGAAAUGCCCGAUUUAAUAGAAA